UAAUAGCGAAUCUAAUUAUGGUUCCUAAUGUAUUAGCCGGGCCUGAAGAAAGAAAAAAUGUUGGCAAAUCCCCGAGCAAUGAUGUAGAGCUAGUAUCAACAGCUGGCUCUAGUUCUUAUAGUAAUCGUAUCAAUAAUACAAAUAAUCUUGCUCCCCCGAAGGGGAAUCUAUCCAAGUCUCAACCGAAACCAAGUUUUCAAAAUAAAUUAGGCUCUUCGCCUGUUAGCAACCCUUUUGUGAGUGGACGACUGUCCAGCUCAUAUUCCGGACCAGAAUCUGCUGUAAUUAACAUCCCAAAAGAAAGGAAGGUAGAAAUUGUUCGAAAACAUCUUGUUACUGGAGAGGAUCUUGCCCGUAGCUACGAAAACAAUGGUAUUUCGCCUGAACCCCACUACUUUGGCUCAGCCUCGCACAAUCUACUUGGGGGUGAUGCAACACACGAA